AUCAGCAUGCGCAGUUCGACAAUCGUCACGUGAUCCUAACACACGUGUUAUCGUGUCUACACCAGCUUUUACUUUGGUCUGUGUACAUUAAAGUGCUGCAGAAACAAUGCCGAAAGCUAAGAAGUCCUCCAAGGGUAAAAAGUUUGAUUACACUAAAGACAGAAAGAAGCUUAAAAAGAAGUUAAGGAGGAAGCUUGCACCGACUAUUGAAUGUGCACAGAUCAGAAAAGCUUGGGAUGACCGGAAAACCGUUCAGCAGAACCUGAGAGAUAUGGGACUGCAGCAUGACUCCAAAACUGUACUGCCCAUUCACCAGCCUAAGCACACAAAAAGUGAAGCAAUGGACGUUGAAACGGAGGAUUUGCUGGUGGUGAAGCCGUAUGUGGUCAGAGACAUGGAAGCCCAAGCAAGUAUCCCAGUCGAGAUCAUCAAGACCCUGUCCAGAGAUCUGAUGGAGUACGCACAGCACAUGGUUAAGGAGCAUGGGGAAGACUACAAGGCCAUGGCGAGAGAUGAGAAGAACUACUAUCAGGACACACCGAAACAGAUCAAGAGGAAAAUCGAGGACUACAAGCGCUACCACCCGGACGAGUACUCUGUCUUCAUGCAGGCCCUGAAGCCUUAAGAUGCUGAUGGGGGGGGGGGAGAAGACGAGAGGCACGCAGUGGACUUUACCUCUCUCAGGGGGAGGCAUGUCAUGUCUCUCUGAAGAGUUCAACUCCAUCAAUACAUCCCUCUGUCCUCUCAGACCACUGGUGUAGACGGCAAUGAACAUGAAUGAGUGACUGUCUGUUUAUUUUUAAGCGGGGAUGACACUUUAUCGAACUUUGUUGUUGUUGUUGUUUAAAUAAGCCUAGCGUAAUAAUUGAAUCUCGGAUUACGGUGGCUCUAUUUUUUAUUUUGUACUUUAAGUUUGGGCUUCCUUUAGUAAUGUGUGUUUCAGCAGUAAAUCACCCCUCAAUAACCAUUGAUUCCAAAGCAGAGCAGUUCACUCCCAACAGUUAGAAUAAUGCAUUCUGGUUAAUGUAGUUCUGAGAUUAAAAUGAAGAAAUUAUAUUCUAUGUCGUCUCAUUCCCUGUGUAAAUCCCAAACCCCUGAUGGAGAGCCGUAUGCUGUGGAAGAGAUAUACUGGGAUUAUGCUUUGUGUCUUUAACACAGUGGGAUGGAGAAAUCCACCCUGGAUCGAUGUAAGGAGAUUACUUAUUUCCACACGGGGUAAGACUGAAUGGGGUUGAGUGUUUCUGCCUGCCUGUGGUGAUAUACAUUCGAAUACAUCAGAGCUGGAGUCUGGGGGCUUCGGUCUGUCACUGUGGACUCCACACAGUAGAGUGUGCGCUGUGUGGGGAAGAGUUUGCAUAUGUGUAAUGUGUGGUCAUUGUGAUCCGUGCAAUUUUAAUACAAAACUGUGCAGA